CAAAGGAUUUGCAGCGAACCGCUCAGCUCUGCCCCCAUCUCAUCUCACACACCACUACUCAUCUUGCCUCACACACUUCACUGCUAGCUACUAGUUCAUUUGCUUGCGUUCUCGUGCCACCAACCUCGAUCGCCAAGAUGUCUACGGUGAGCCGCGCCUACCUCGACCAGAGGCUCGCCGCCGCCAACCGCUGCUUCAAAGAGGCUGCCAUGGCCGGAGCCAAGGCCGCGGCUGUCGCCACCAUCGCCGCCGCAGUCCCCACCCUGGCGAGCGUGAGGAUGCUGCCGUGGGCGAGGGCGCACCUGAACCCGACCGGGCAGGCCCUGAUCAUCUCCACCGUCGCCGGGAUGGCCUACUUCAUCGUCGCUGACAAGACCAUCCUCUCCAUGGCCAGGAAGCACUCCUUCGAAGACGCGCCGGACCACCUCAAGAACACCUCCUUCCACUAGUUUGAUCCAUUAUUAGUAAUGCCCAAUAAACCUUGUACGCCAAAGUGCAUAGCGUACUGAUCAGCAAGGGAGGUCAGGGAUGCUCCCGUCCCGGAUAGUCUUGUACUGCGAGUGCAAUUGCUCAUUUCGUAAUAUAUUUUUCAUCAUGCAAGUAGCCAUGUACAGUAUCUUUUGAGCUGGCAAUACUGAAUGAUGCACCAGCAUUUGUUUAACCAAA